AUGUUAAGCAGAGCCACUGAAAAUACGGUCUGCGGUCUGCCUUGUCAGGUUACCCCUGACCCGUUUGGGGUUGACCUGAUCAGCAAGGAGGAUAAGGACAAAAAGAAGAAAAAGAAGAAGGAGCCCCGAGACCGAGACAGGCUGGCUGAUGGCGGGAGCAAAGAGGCCCGCGAAGAGAUCUCCACCGAGAUUGACGCGGUACUUAGCUUGCCUGGGUCCAACCUGCAGAAGGGCGACUUCGACUCGGGGGUUCGAAGAUAUCUUGGUGCACUGCGAGGCUGCCAGAAUGGCAAGCAGAAGGUGAAGGACGCCAUGGCCAUGCUCCACCACUACACGGCUCAGAAGAUGAGAUCGGCGGUAAAGAAUUGGCCCGCCUACUUGCUGACGCUGCUGAAGCGCUUUGAGCCAGGGCUUCUCAGCAAGGGCGCUGGCAAAGGUGACCGAAAGGGGGAUGAUUCCAGAAGGCCGCCGUCCGCUGCCGAGGCUGCUGCCUUUGGACUUCGAGGGGUCGAGCGAAUACUGGCAACACCAGCGAAGGUGCCAGUGAAGCUUUCCGAGGGCCCACCUGCUGCACUCGCCGCUGCGGCCGCCGACCUGCAGGGCUUGGUGAAGGCCUCGCAGUUGGCGCCCAAGCAACCAGAGACCCAGGUGCUGCCCGAGUCCUGGACGGAAGGGCGGCAGCCUUUGCUUCAGGAGGUCUCACAUGCGCUAUCCGCAGAAAUCAUCCGAUCCCCCUUCACUGGAGAAGCUUUAGAUCUUCAGGAGGCAUUGGUGGCACCUGUGGCUACGGCCCUUGGGACUAGGAACGCGGCUCCGGAACCAAAGUCGUUCUUAUGGAGGUACGCCCAAGGCGUCGCGGCCUGCCGUGAUUUGAUGGACUGCCCACGGGCCCUGGCCGCCGCGCAGCAUGCGAAGGUGGACGACCUGGCAGAUUUGUCGGAGGAUGCCUCCAGCCUGCAAGGAGUACAAGCCAUAAGCGCAGCUGCUCAAGAAAAAGGUGGGGCGGCUGCCGCAGUGGCCGGAGUGGUCAUCGAGGAAGUUGGCCUGGAGAUCCUGGCUGAAACGCUCCGAAAUCCGGACGUGUCACCGGCCAUAAACGCCGUUACCCUUUAG